AUGUAUAUAGCUUCACGACUACUGAGGCUGAACAAGGACCAGAGUAAAGACGUCACCCGGCCUAAUGUGUCUCGUGGUGGUAACUAUGCCAUUAUCCGUCCUCUUAUAAACGACCAGGCUCACGUCCUUGUCGCCGGGGAACAUGGCCGUCACGCCGUCGCCGAGAGGGUUAGAGAUGGAGCGGCGCAGAUAUCACGGGACCCCGUUGCCGCCCUUGCCGCGCGCCUCGGCCGUGGCGGUGACGCAUUGGCGGAGGAGGAUGAUGAUCGAGGCCACAUCGAAGCCCUUUCGGCCCAGGCGCGCGGCGAGGACGCUCAGUGCCAGGAGGCCGACCUCGGUCGCGAGAGCCAUGGUGAGGGCCUCGAGUUCUGA